AUGGCUACCCUUAUUGCUUAUAACCAAUCUUCUCCCGUUCAAGAUGCUGAGGCUCUUCGACAGGCUUUCAAAGGUUGGGGGGCUGAUAACAAGGCCAUUAUAGCAAUACUGGGUCACAGAAAUGUUCAUCAGAGACAGGAAAUAAGAAAAGCUUAUGAGGAGAUUUACCAAGAGGAUCUCAUCAAACGCCUGGAGUCUGAGAUCUCUGGUGACUUUGAGAGAGCUGUUUACCGGUGGAUGUUGGAGGCAGCAGAGCGUGAUGCUGUUUUGGUGAAUGUAGCAAUAAGGAAUGGCAACAGAGACUAUCAUGUGGUUGCAGAAAUUGCUUGUGUCUUAUCAGCUGAAGAGCUCUUCGCUGUUAGGCGUGCCUAUCACAACCGCUACAAACGUUCCAUGGAAGAAGAUGUAGCUGCGAACACCACUGGCCAGCUUCGCCAGCUUUUGGUGGGAUUGGUGAGCGCAUUUAGGUAUGAGGGUAAUGAGAUCAAUGCAAAAUUGGCUCAAACUGAAGCUAAUAUUCUUCAUGAAGCUGUAAGGGAGAAAAAGGACAACUUUGAAGAGGUCAUCAGGAUCCUUACCACAAGAAGCAAGACUCAACUUGUGGCAACUUUCAACCGCUACAGAGAUGAACAUGGCAUUUCCAUCAGUAAGAAAUUGUUGGAUCAUGCAUCAGAUGACUUCCACAAGGUGUUGCACACUGCCAUUCGUUGCAUCAAUGACCAUAAGAAGUACUAUGAAAAGGUUCUGCGCAAUGCACUAAAAAAGUUUGGAACUGAUGAGGAUGGAGUAAGCCGUGUGGUCGUUACAAGGGCUGAGAAGGAUCUGAAGGACAUCAAAGAGCUGUACUACAAGAGAAACAGUGUUCACCUUGAGGAUGCAGUGUCCAAGGAUACCUCAGGGGAUUACAAGAAGUUCAUCCUCACUCUGCUGGGGAAACAAGACUGA